AUUAAUUUCUACAUAAUAAAUAUAUUUAAUUAAAUAAUUAAUAAAUAAAAACUUAAUUUUUGCUUUUUUAAUAUAAAAUUACCAUUAAAAAAAUGUAUAUUUGUUGUAUUCUAAACCUGCCGAAACAAGUUUAGAAAAAUACUUCGGAUUUUUAAAGAAAGUCGCUUCCGCCGACGGGGAGGAUUACAAUCACUUGAGAGCGAGUGAGCUCAGAGAUGGGAAACUGCUGCUCGGAUGUGGACGGCGGGAUGGCUGCGGUGGGCGGAACCGCAGCCUCUGCAGCCUCUGCUACCAACAACCAGGACGAAGCCGUUGACCACUUCUUAAAGAAAACUGGCUUCCACGGUGGCUACUCUCAGAUCGAGGUUCUCCAUAAAUUUCUCUGAUUCAGUUAUUGUAGCUUCGCUGCUAUGUUCAUGUUGACUUGAAUCAACUGUUUUAAAAAUCGAACCAUUAGCAUCAUCAAAACCUUAUGUUAUAUUCAUCUCGAAAGCGAAAAUUGAAUGUUUUCAUCAAUUUUAUGGAUUUGUUUUUAUAGAAUUUCUUCAUUGUUAAUUGUGCUAUUUAACUUGCUAUACUUAGAGUGCUCAAUUGUUGGAUUUAUUUUCCUCUGAAAAACAUUAUGUCUGCAGUUAUCAUUUUCUGCUUCAGAUUUGCGAGACCGGGAUGUGUUCUCCAAGGUACUGCAAAAAUUCAGAAAAUUCAACUAUGUAGAAACUCUGCCCUUUGCUAUUAUGAAAUUCAGAGCAGAUUUUGAUUCUUUAAUUUUAAUUUAGAUUGUGUGAUAUAUUGCUUCAUUAACUUGUUUUUCUUGCUAAACAAUGGGAAAUUAAAUCGUAGAGCAUUUUUAGACAGCUAUUUUAGAAAGUUAUUAGCAUAGGCAGGUAACAUUCAGUUGAGUCGGCAGGUACCAGACAGUAUUGUAGUUUUGUUGAACUUGAAGCUUCUUUGAACGCUGGUGUAUUUACAUUUUACAAUUGGACAGUUGAUAAAUUAUAGAAAUAUUU